GUAAAUAGUUUGUUGUAUAUAGAUGUAAAUAGUUGUCAAUACUUUAACUCGUUAGCUGUAGGGGUGAGAAGCCAUUUUUCUUUGGGAACCUUUUCUCCUGUUUUUGGUUAGGGAGGCAGGUAAGACACCUGUAAUUUUCAUUUGGGGUUUUCUGUGAAGGUAAGCCAGCUGCAUUUCAUUUCUAGAGUUUUUGUUUGUUUUGGCCAUGCUCACCCUGAUGCCUGCUACCUUUUGGGACUCAAUAAACUGACUGGCUGUUGUGAAAUCCGUGGUAGCUGUUUUUUGUUGGUUCGUCCUCCUUGAGAGCAGGGAGUGUGGGGGGCAUUUUUUCCUUAUUUUUAUUUUCCUUAUGUCGCACGCCGGUUCCCUGGUCUGGGGUGUAACAACAGCGUACCGAGGCAGCGUUAGACCUUACGUCAACUUCAAUGCCAAACAUGAUGCUGAAAUCCUCCAUAAGGCCAUGAAAGGGAUGGGUACAGAUGAAGAUGCCAUCCUCAUGCUUCUUACAGCCCGCAGCAAUGAUCAGCGCCAGCAAAUUAAGGCAGUAUAUAAAAAGGCCCACGGAAAGGACUUGGUCAGUGCACUGAAAUCUGAGCUCGGUGGACUGUUUGAGAGUCUUAUUGUGGCUCUGAUGACCCCAUCUGUCUUAUAUGAUGCUACUCUCCUGCACAACGCUCUCAAGGGUGCCGGGACUGAAGAUGAAGUGCUAAUUGAGAUCCUGGCCUCAAGGACUGGCGAGCAGAUUAAAGAAUUCACCAAAGUGUACAAGAAAGAGUUUGGCGGAAAGCUGGAGAAGGAUAUCUGUGGUGACACCUCAGGGCACUAUCAGAAACUGCUGGUGAUCCUGCUGCAGGGGAGUAGGGAGGAGGGAGUAGACGAGGAAAAGAUCGAGAAAGACGCUAAGGACUUGUAUGCUGCUGGUGAGGGAAAGUUUGGCACAGAUGAGGAAAAAUUUAUCACAAUUCUGGGCAACAGGAGCGCUGAACAUCUCAGAAAAGUAUUUGCUGCCUACAAGAAGCUUUCUGGCUCUGACAUAGAGGACAGCAUUAGAGGCGAGACCACUGGGAAUUUGGAGAACUUGCUGCUGGCUGUUGUGAAAUGUGCCGGGAGCAUCCCAAACUUCUUUGCUGAGAGACUAUAUAAAUCUAUGAGGCGAGCUGGAACCGAUGACGACACUCUGAUGAGGAUAAUGGUGUCCAGGAGUGAGGUGGACAUCAGAGGCAGUUUCAAGAAGAUAUACGGACAGUCUCUGUACACCACCAUUCAGGAAGACACAGCUGGAGAUUACCAGAAGGCUUUACUCUACCUGUGUGGUGGGAAUGAUUAAUGCAACCUUAUGACGCAUUUAGCAGUAAUGAAUGAUGAGCCAUCAUGUUGCUGCUAUACACAUGAGAUGAGGAUAUUGAUCUAUAGUUCUUCUUUCUGUUAGUGUGUGUUUAUUGAGUUAGUGUGAAUUACCUGAGUGUCAUUUUGACUUAUGACAAUAUUAUAUUGUAUGAAUAUUAUUUACAAGGCACUGUUCUUUUUUUGUUUGUUUGUUUUUUAAAUGCCAGACAGAACAUAUAGCUCUAAUUUAGUCCUUGGUAAACAAGCAGUUUUAAUUUUAAUGCUGAUAAUAAUGCUUUCUGAAAUGAUGAAAUGCCUGAUUAAUUUAAAAUCUUUGACCUCUUUCUCUUGUCAAGCGUACACACAAUGUUAGCAGCUGUUUACCUUAUUUGAGCUCGCUUCUCACAGCAUGUGUUAAAUGCAAGUUUGAAAAUACAAUAUCGCUACUCAAUUAUUAAACCCUACAUGUUGACAACCCCGAUGCUCUCAUUAAUAAGAAAUGAGACUGUGAUCCAGACUUGACGUGCAAUGCGGCUGUCAGUGAUCAAUAAGUAAUGGGACGCUAUUAGACAUUUGUUGAUG